AUGGCUGCUAUGACUUUGAAGCAGAGAACGCCUUCACUAGGCACUUUAAACAUACGGCCAAUGACCCCCACCGUCGAUAUCCCUUUGCCUUCGGCUUCCACCAGUAAUCAACGACCUACAACUACUGUUCAGGGCGCUUCGCUCUACUAUACCUGUCGUUCCGUACUAGAUAAACUGGCUCUCGUCAAAGGCAUGGGCCCCAUUCUCGAAUCGGCCUCUGCCGAAUUAUCCCAACCCUCCAGCCCACUCUAUGAUACGCCCACUCCACCGUGCUGUUCGUCCGAUCCGCUUACCAAACUGUGGAAUAUAUGUCGUCAAGGCACACCUCUAUGUACACUCUACAAUGCUUUAAUGCCUGACCAUCCACUCAAAUGCGAUGAUAAUCCUAAUCUUACCCACGUGAAUACCUGCAAAGCGAGUGUCUAUCAUUUCAUUGUCGCUUGUCGCACCCAUCUCCAUUUUCCAGAAGAAGACGUUUUCACCGUAUCCGAUCUGUAUCAAGGCGAUACCAAUGGAUUCAUCAAAAUUGUCAAUACCGUCAGCAAGAUCUUACAGAUGAUGGAGGAACGAGGCCUGAUUAGUGUUCCAACCACCGACCAUCCAUGCGAUCCUGUACCACCCAAAGAUGAACGCGAUAAAAUUGUUUUGGAAAUGUUGACCACAGAACGCAAAUUUGUGCAGGAUUUAGAGAUCAUCCAGAACUACAUGCGUGAACUGCAACAACAGAAACUGCUAUCUCCUGGCACAAUUCAUUAUAUGUUUGGCAAUCUCAAUGCAUUAGUCGAUUUCCAGCGAUGGUUUUUGAUUCAAAUGGAAGAUAUUGUGGAAAAACCGCCUCAGGAACAGCAACUGGGUGCAUUGUUCAUCCAAAUGGAAGAAGCUUUCUCGGUAUACGAAGCUUACUGCGCCAACUUUGCCGCCGCCAACGAUAUCGUCACACAGGAAGAGGCCACAUUACAAAAGUUGGCUGAUCUUUUGGAUCCCACUUAUGAGUUGCCGUCCAUGCUUAUCAAACCCAUUCAACGUCUCUGCAAAUACCCGCUAUUCCUUACUGUACUUCUCAAAAACAUGAAAGAAGAGUGGCCCCAUUACAAAGAAACCGUGCAAGGGCUCGAGAGUAUCAAACGGGUCGUCGACACCGUCAACGAGACCCAUCGUAAACAGGCCAAUAUCAAAAUCGUCCAAGAUUUGAAGAAACGCAUCGACGAUUGGAAGGGUCAUUCCAUUGAAGCAUGCGGCGAUCUGUUACUCGACGAAAAAUUAAUCAUGGUUACUCGUGAUGUGGAACGAGAAAUGCACGUUUAUUUCUUUGAAAAAGCAUUGCUGAUUUGCAAAGAAUACACGGACAGCAACAAAUCUCGAUUGGGCAAAACGAAACCUAUUUCCAUCAAGAAGAAGCGACGAAAUAGCCUGCAACCCAAGGGGCUGAUUUAUACCAACCGUAUUAUUCGUGUUGACGACAAAUCGGCCAAUGGCAACUGCACCUUACUUGUUGAGUGGAAGAAUCGCGACGUGGAACAGUUUCAUCUCAAGUUUCGUCACGAGGAACAGCUGAAGCUUUGGUUAUCCGCGUUUACAAAGAUCAAAGCGACCAAGUCCAAUGUCCUAAAUUCGCAUGUUUCCAUGCCGUCCUCUUCGUCCAAUGUCGCUCACACUGCCUCGCAAUCAACGACUUCAUUCUUUAUUGAUUACGACGACGACGACAAUGACGACGAGUACUAUGACGAUUCUGAAGAUGAAACUUCACCCUCACGUUCCCGUAGCAACUCCAUUUCGGCGCAACUGUUCAACAGUUUAACCACCCGCCCCAAGUUGUUGCGUAUGAAUAGUUCUGAUGUUUCUUCUUUCAAAUUGUCAUUACCCAUAACCCGUCAUCAUCCUCUCCCGACUUCCCCUUCAAUUACGCCAUUACCACGCACCAGUAGCUCGAAACCUUUGCCUUCGCCCCAUCGCGGUGAAUACCCUGUUUCUCCACCCACGUCCGGCCCUUCAUCGCCCACUGGUGGGAUGCCUUCUACGCGUACCAUGGAUCCCUUGACGCAACUGUCAGCGCAGCUGUCGACGUUGAGUCCUGGAAAUACAAAAGAAGACGUAGGCUAUCCUUUUACCUCCAUUCCCAUUAACCGGAGUCAUUCGCAUUCGGCCGCUUCUCCUCAUCCUGGAGUGUACAGCCCAUACACACCACAACACCAUUCCCAACGAUCGGCUAAUCAGAGCACUCGCCUACGAUCUCAAAGCAGUCCAAAUAUCCACAACAAAGCUUUUCUUCCAACCACGUCCUUGGAAUCCAUGCCGCAGUUACCGUCUACAGGCACACGCUCGCCACACGGUUCCAAUAACGACAACUGUGCAGACAGCGCAGUGGGUUUGUCGGGCCCAUCGCCGACAGACUCUAUUACCCCGCUGACGCCUUUGUCGCCUGGCAAUUUGAAAAUCAAACUUGUGUACGAGGCCGGCAUCUACGUGGUCAUGGCCCCCGCCAAUGUCAAGUUUGCGGAACUGAUGGAAAAAGUGGAGAAAAAGAUCAAGCUAAUUGGUAAUCUGAAAUCGUCCGAUGUAUUGCGGCUCAAGUAUCAAGAUGAAGACGGCGAUUUCAUUACGGUCAACUCGGACGACGACGUGCAAAUGGCCUUUGAAAGUCGACGACCUGGAUGUCACACCGUCAGUCUUUUUGUCCAUCUUUAA